UCCCCCACAGUGGUCCUGUGCGCUUCCUCCUUCCUCAGCCUUCACCCCGCCCGCUGCCCUGCCCAAGCGAAAUCGCAGGCUGCCCUGCCAUGGACGAAGAUGCGACGACGAGCGACUCGUCCGCUGCCGAGACAUUCGAUCCGGACCUGAUUCACGACAUCUUCAAGCUGGUGUGGAGGCGGCGGGCGGGGAAGGGCGGCGGUGGAGGCAACGAGGACAUCGACGCGGAGCCUGCUCCAGAGACCUCGAGGAGAAAUCGGAGCACAACUGCCAAUGCUAAUGCUCUUAAAGUCAGCUGUGAACUUCUGCGAAUAUUUGUUUCAGAGGCUAUUCAACGCUCUGCUUUUAUCGCUGAAGCGGAGGAUGGUACUGUCAUUGAACCCACCCACCUAGAGCGUGUGUUGCCACAACUGCUCUUGGACUUUUGAGGUACCCCAUGGAACUUCGAAAACCAUUCAUGUCUACCAUGAAAGGAAGAUGCCUGGAUAUCCUUAUCCUUAUCUUGUAAACCCAUGCAACUUCUAUACCGUGCUUUAAGGAAUUAUUACAAAUGCAUUUAUUGGAAUAUUUUCGUGUUUGUAUUGUGUUUAAACACAACAAAACACAGCCAUCAUCACCGUGCUCAAGCGCAGAGUCCAGUUGAUAAAUAUCGGAGCAUGCAGUAUUGUCUUGUUUGCUGUAACACGGACUCUAAAGUCUAAAGUGAUGACUCUAUUUAUAAGUACCUCUAGAAUCAACUCAACUUAUGCAAUGCAUAAAAGUAUAUAUACAAUGAAAUUUUAGUUGGCUCUAGUAGACCUCUACUCAACUCCUCUCCAAUUGAGACAGGAAGAGCGGGUGAAGGCACUGGAGGUGGAAGAUGGGCGGUAAGGUCCCCGUGCGGUCACUGUCAUCCAGGGUGGCGGUGGCGAGGCAGCAUGGUGAGAAAGGGGUGAGAGAAGAAAGAAGAGGAUGAACAUUAGGGAAGAGAAGAAUUUUAGCGAUAGCAGUGGUAGGUGGACGUUGAAGAUGACGGCGAGGGCGCUUGUGGCCUGAUCAGCGACGGUGGCUGGUGUGGCGGGGGCAGCUGGGAAAGAAAAAGAAGUGUGUGAAGACUGAAGAGGAGGGAGAAGAGCACCGCGUCGUUAGGCUAGUGCAAUUGGAAGUUUAGUGUCCCAGUUUCGAGACACUUGGAUGUUGGAAAUAGUGUAAAUGAGUGUCAUUUCCAUGAGGGCACUCACAAUGCAGACUCUAUCAUGGAGUCUAAAGUUAUUUAUUACCUCGAACAAUGUGGACUUGGAGUCUAAAUAAGACUUGGAGUCUUAUUUUUUCUACCUAUUUCUUCAAUAAAUAUGCUGCCACAUCAGCAAAAAACCAUAAAUAAUAUGUAAUUAAUUGUCUUGGACUCUGUGAUAGAGUCUUGCAUUGGGAGUGCCCUGAAACUUUUAUCAUUUCUCUCUAUUUAUACUAUACCACGUCCGCGCAGUUAA